UCGGUGAUGGCCAUCAGCCUACUUAUGAUUUGCGGCAUCUUCUACCGCUACAGGCGGUCAGGUCCAUACGGUGACGUGCAGUACCUCGACAGCGACGAGCUCAUCUUGGACCUCGGAGGCCCGGUACGUCCCACCUCCCUCCUGACCCUGCGCCUAGUACAACUCUGAGUCUAUCUGGCACCCUCGGAUCGUCAGGAGCCAGGGCCCUACCACCACCCCGAGGUCGCGCCCAAAAUCACCAUCAUCGCGAUCUGGAACCCGGGGCCGAACGAGCCGCUGUACCUGCCCAACUUCUUCGCGUCCGUCGCCGCGAACCCGAGUGUCGACGUGCUCUUCGUCAAGGACGACCGGCACGAGGUCGGGUGCGACGCGCGCCUCGCGCCGGCGGGCGUUCGCAACGUGCGCGAAAUCUGCCUCUCGAGCGAGGACUACUGGGGUCUGCACGCCGACUUUUUGUGCGAGCGCUGGGGCGGGUGCACCGAGCUCGAGCGGGAGACCGUCGUCAGCAAGAUGUACGAGCGUCGCUGGGGCGACAGGGUGAGCACU